AUGGCAGAAGAGUGGGGAAAACAGUCAUUUGCUGCCAGGCGAUAUUACGAUGAGACAACAAGUGGAGCUGUCUUCGUUUACACAAAUGCCAACAAUACCAGAGGUCCCUUUGAGGGUCCAAAUUAUCACAUUGCUCCUCGAUGGAUUUACAACCUUGCAACACUCUGGAUGCUUUUUGUGUUCUUCGCGUCAGUCUUCACCAAUGGUCUCGUCUUGGUGGCCACAGCAAAGUUUAAGAAACUGCGUCACCCACUAAAUUGGAUCUUGGUCAAUCUUGCAAUUGCUGAUCUUGGAGAGACACUUCUUGCCAGCAGCAUCAGUAUAUGCAACCAGAUGUUUGGCUACUUCAUUCUAGGACACCCAAUGUGCGUCUUUGAAGGUUAUGUAGUCGCACUUUGUGGCAUUACAGGGCUCUGGUCUCUGGCUGUCAUCUCCUGGGAGAGAUGGAUAGUUGUGUGCAAACCUUUUGGAAACAUGAAGUUUGAUGCUAAAUUGGCCACAGUGGGAAUUGUGUUCUCUUGGGUCUGGUCAGCAUUAUGGUGCGCUCCUCCCAUUUUCGGCUGGAGCAGAUACUGGCCUCAUGGACUGAAGACUUCCUGUGGCCCUGAUGUAUUCAGUGGAAAUGAAGAUCCUGGAUGUCAGUCCUACUUGAUUUGUCUUAUGAUUGCAUGUUGUGUCUUUCCAUUGUCUGUCAUCAUCUUGUGCUACCUUGCUGUUUGGAUGGCUAUCCGAUCUGUUGCCAUGCAGCAGAAGGAAUCAGAGUCAACCCAGAAAGCUGAGAGAGAAGUAUCCAGAAUGGUGGUUGUCAUGAUCCUGGCAUAUUGUUUCUGCUGGGGACCUUACACCUUUUUUGUCUGCUUUGGUACGGCUUACCCUGGAUAUGCCUUCCAUCCUCUGGCUGCUGCCUUACCUGCAUACUUUGCCAAGAGUGCCACCAUUUACAACCCAAUCAUCUACGUCUUCAUGAACCGGCAGUUCCGCACAUGUAUCAUGCAGCUUUUUGGCAAACAAGUGGAUGAGGGCUCUGAAGUAUCCACAUCAAAGACAGAGGUCUCCUCUGUGGCUCCUGCAUAAAACUUCAUAUUCUGUGUUUCUGGAAGAAAAUUUCAGAACCAUUAUGGCUUGUACAGAAAAUAUUUAUUGUUUCUUUUGUCUUCAUUUUUUAGCAAAUUUAUAGUUUUCUUGCAAAUACAAAAAAAAAAAGAAAAAAGAAAAAAGUGCAUCAAGGAAAUAA